GCCACCGCGGUUAUGAAUGGCUGGGACGUGGAGAAAACAAUUCAGGAGAGAUCCCAGUGCAGAGCGGAGCAUUCCCAGUCCCAACUGGAUCCCGGAGCGCUGCGAGUCGGGGCCGCCGGCGCUCGGUGCCAGCCGUGCUCGGUGCCAGCCGCGCUCGCCAUGGCCCGUGUCACCCGUGUCACCCUCGUGUCGCAGCUCUGGCUCCUGCUCCAAGCCUCCUGCCUCUGCCUGGCCCAGCUCCGAGGGCCUCCAGGAGAGCCUGGCCCACGAGGGCCCCCCGGUCCCUCCGGAGUGCCGGGAGCCGAUGGCAUCGACGGUGACAAAGGUCCUGCUGGAGCCCCGGGAUCCCCGGGUGUCAAGGGUGAGCCUGGAGCCCCUGGUCCGGAUGGACCUCCAGGGAAGCCGGGCAUUGAUGGCCUGACGGGAGCGAAAGGGGAGCCAGGACCUAUCGGCAGGCCAGGAGUUAAAGGCCAGCCUGGACUCCCAGGGCCACCAGGGCUCCCUGGUCCUUCACUGCCAGGACCCCCUGGGCUUCCAGGCCAGGUUGGACUUCCCGGAGAGAUCGGGGUGCUGGGACCCAAGGGUGAUCCCGGACCCGACGGCCCCAGAGGUCCCCCAGGCCCUCCAGGGAAGCCUGGCCUCCCGGGACACCUCCAAGGCCUGGAAGGCAGCGCUGAUUUCUUGUGCCCCACCAGCUGCCCUCCAGGUCCCAAGGGCCCCCAGGGACUGCAGGGACUGAAGGGACACAGAGGCCGCCCCGGGGCCCUUGGAGAGCCCGGCAAGCAGGGAGAGCCGGGCCCCAAGGGGGAUGUUGGUGCCUCUGGAGAACAGGGAGUCCCAGGCCCUCCGGGACCUCAGGGCCUCAGGGGUUAUCCUGGCAUGGCAGGACCCAAGGGAGAGACGGGUCCUGCUGGGUACAAGGGUAUGGUCGGCAGCAUCGGAGCAGCGGGGCGGCCGGGCAGGGAAGGCCCCAAGGGACCACCUGGGGACCCUGGUGACAAGGGAGAGCUGGGUGGCCGUGGCAUCAGGGGACCCCAGGGUGACACUGGCCCCAAGGGGGAGAAUGGCCUCCCUGGCAUCGAUGGCAAGGAUGGCACCCCAGGUAUCCCUGGAGUGAAGGGUGGCACAGGACAGGCCGGACGCCCGGGAACGCCGGGACACCGGGGACAAGCUGGAUUGCCGGGCCAGCCAGGAAGCAAAGGUGGCCCAGGUGACAAGGGUGAAGCUGGUCCUCGGGGCCACCCCGGUGUCACCGGUGCCCCAGGGCAGCUUGGCGAGCCCGGACCUCGGGGUGAGCAGGGCCCGCAGGGUGUCCCCGGGCUGAAGGGUGACAGGGGUGAGCGUGGCCUCGUGGGGCCCCCCGGCGAGCAGGGCAGAGUGGGGCCGAAGGGCGAGCAGGGCCCACCAGGCAUCCCAGGACCCCAGGGCUUGCCAGGAGUCAAAGGAGACAAGGGCUCUCCAGGGAAAACCGGCCCCAAAGGCAGCAUUGGAGAUCCGGGUGUCCACGGCCUGGCAGGGCUCAAGGGAGAGAAGGGGGAAUCAGGAGAGCCAGGACCCAAGGGACAGCAAGGCAUCCAGGGAGACCUCGGCUUUCCGGGCCCUUCGGGGGAUGCCGGAGCUCCGGGAAUUCGGGGUUAUCCCGGCCCGCCCGGCCCGCGGGGGCUCGUGGGGGAGCGCGGAGUGCCGGGAAUGCCGGGCCCAAGGGGCACAGCCGGCCGGGAUGCUGGGGACCAGCACAUCGUGGAUGUGGUGCUGAAGAUGCUGCAAGAGCAGCUGGCAGAGGUGGCUGUGAGUGCCAAGAGAGCUGCCCUGGGUGGGGUCGGGGCCGUCGGACCCCCCGGCCCCCCCGGGCCCCCAGGGCCGCCUGGUGAGCAGGGUCCCCACGGCCCCAUGGGACCCCGAGGUGUCCCUGGAAUCCUGGGAGCUGCCGGACAGAUCGGGAAUGUCGGACCCAAAGGGAAGAGAGGAGAGAAGGGCGAGCGGGGAGAAGUUGGCCGUGGCCACCCGGGAAUGCCGGGUCCUCCAGGGAUCCCAGGUCUCCCGGGCAUUCCUGGCCACGCUCAGGAUGGCAAAGCGGGCGAGCGGGGCCUGCCGGGCUCCCCGGGCGAGGCUGGCAGGCCGGGAUUGCCGGGCCCCCCGGGAUUCCCGGGAUUUUGCGAGCCGGCCGCGUGCCUGGGAGCCUCAGCCUACGCGGCCGCUCGCCUCACCGAGCCAGGGAGCGUGAAGGGCCCCCUGUACUGAGGAAUUCACCGUGGAAAAUCCGUUCCCAAAGUUACCACAACACUGCAAUUCCAUGAGGAGCAGCUUCCAUGAUUUCCCAGUUCUUGGGAAUGCCGGAGUGAGGGCGGCCACAGGGAGAACACAGCCAUAGGAAGGUAAUUUUGGUGUUGGAACACGUUGCCGGCACAGUUUGGGAAUAAAGGGUGGCCUCAAAUCCUGGUUCCAUCCAUGGGGUUCCAAACCUGCUCCUUGUGCCCUUUCCCCCCCAAAAAUAAAUUGGAAUAAAUUUUAUAAACCCCUCUCCCUGUGAUGUUUGAAGGAACCCGUGGAAAUUCCUUUUUUAUCCUUUCCUUUCUUAACCUUUCUUUUUUAAAUUGGAAUUUUUAAAGCCCCCUCUAAAAUCGUGGUUCGAUUAUUUAAGAGAAUUCCCAGCUCCAACUUGGUCACUCCCAUACCAGUGUAAAAUAGGGAUAAAAAUAGGAAUAUUUUAUAAUUGUG